AUGAAUUAUUUAUCGGUAAACUUGAGGGGAGUCGGGGACUCAAGGAAGGUGGAGUGGGUGCGAGGUCUUAAAACUACCCACGGUGCUCACUUUGUGGCAAUUCAAGAAACAAAGGUUGCUGGUAAUAUUAAUUUUAUGGUUAGUAGAUUUUGGGGUAAAACAAUACUGGAAUUUGAUGAAGUUGAAGCAAUGGGUCGAUCUGGAGGAAUUUUGGCUAUUUGGGAUCCAACUGUUUUAAGUCGAAGUGGGGUAGUCAAACAUCGACACUACCUGGUGAUAUCGGGUCAGCUUAGAAUGACAGGAGAAGUCCUUAAUAUUGCAAGUAUAUAUGCACCUAACGACCCGGUUGCGAGAAGACAUGUGUGGGCAGAAUUAUUGCAGCUGAGGAAUUCAUUACCGGGUAUGUGGAUUCUGUUAGGAGAUUUCAACGAUGUACGAGGGCCGGAAGAAAGAUGUAAUUCUGAAUUUGUAAGCCUAAAUGCCUCUUUUUUUAAUCAAUUUAUCGAAAACGCGGACUUGUUGGAAUACCAAAUGGGCGGGAGACAGUUUACCUAUCGGUCGGAUAAUGGGGCAAAAUUAAGUAAGUUGGAUAGAUUCCUAGUUAGUCGGGAUUUUAUGAAUAAUUGGCCUCUUGCAUCUGUCGUGGCCUUGUCCAACUUUGUCUCAGAUCACAAUCCGAUUCUAUUAUCUACUGUCCAAACUGAUUAUGGCAAGAUACCUUCUCGUAUGUUUAACUCCUGGCUCGAGAUUCCUGGUGCAUCCGAAUAUGUCGACCAACUACUAGAGUCAUUUUCUUUUAGUGGUCCGGCUGAUUUGGCACUAGAUGUGAAACUUAAAUGGGUAAAAAGGAGAUUGAAGGAGUGGGUUAAAAAUAAGAGGGCUGGUUUAGAGGAUGGGUAUAAUAGAAGGCUGAAAAAACUGGAAGAACUAGAGGUUUUUAGCUGA